CUGCUCGCCUUUGCGGAGCGGAGAGAGCCGGGGACCGUGAGAGCGCACCGGGCUGCAGCUCAACCACUCAGCCGUCUGGAGCGCCGCGGUGGGCGGAGACUGAAGCCCCCUCCACCCACCCACACAAAAAAACAAAAAAGAGGUCCGCAGCCAGAGCAUUUCGGGACUCCCCUCCCUCACACUCACACUUACAAACACACACACACACUUACACACUCACACACACAUACGCAUCCAGUCCGUCCGAGGAGCAAGGCAUCAUGGCCACCACCACUUGUACGCGCUUUACAGAUGAGUACCAGCUCUACGAGGAGCUCGGCAAGGGGGCCUUCUCGGUGGUACGACGCUGUGUCAAACUCUGCACAGGCCAAGAAUACGCCGCCAAGAUCAUCAACACCAAAAAGCUCUCUGCCAGAGACCACCAGAAGCUGGAGAGAGAGGCCAGGAUCUGCAGAUUGCUCAAACACCCCAACAUCGUUCGUCUCCAUGACAGCAUCUCAGAGGAAGGUUUCCACUACCUUAUCUUUGACCUGGUGACAGGAGGGGAGCUGUUUGAGGACAUCGUGGCUAGGGAGUACUACAGCGAAGCAGACGCCAGUCACUGUAUCCAUCAGAUUCUAGACAGUGUGUCUUACACCCACCAACAUGACAUAGUGCACAGGGACCUCAAGCCUGAGAACCUGCUGCUGGCCAGCAAGUGUAAGAACGCAGCUGUGAAGCUGGCUGACUUUGGACUGGCUAUAGAGGUUCAAGGAGACCAGCAGGCUUGGUUUGGCUUUGCAGGAACUCCUGGCUACUUGUCCCCAGAAGUACUGAGGAAGGAGGCGUACGGUAAACCUGUAGAUAUCUGGGCAUGUGGCGUGAUCCUUUACAUUCUUUUGGUCGGGUACCCUCCGUUCUGGGACGAAGACCAGCACAAGCUCUACCAGCAGAUCAAAGCCGGAGCAUACGAUUUUCCCUCUCCAGAGUGGGACACGGUGACUCCUGAGGCUAAAAAUCUGAUCAACCAGAUGCUGACUAUCAACCCUGCCAAGAGAAUCACUGCCCAAGAGGCUCUGAAGCACCCGUGGGUCUGCCAACGCUCAACGGUGGCCUCCAUGAUGCACAGACAGGAGACGGUCGAGUGCCUGAAGAAGUUUAACGCCAGGCGGAAACUUAAGGGAGCCAUCUUAACCACCAUGCUCGUCUCCAGGAACUUCUCUGUGGGUCGACAGACCACAGCUCCGGCUGCCGUCAGCGGGGUGGCAGGAACCACUGCUGGAAUCGUGGAACAAGCCAAGAGUCUCCUCAACAAGAAGGCAGACGUCAAGCCGCAGACAAACAGCACCAGAAACAGCAUAGUCACCAGUCCCAAAGGCAACGUCCCUUCUGCUGCACUGGAGCCUCAGACUACUGUUAUCCAUAACCCAGUAGAUGGGAUCAAGGAAUCGUCCGACAGCAGUAACACCACCAUUGAAGAUGAGGAUGUUAAAGCUCGCAAACAGGAGAUCAUAAAGAUCACGGAGCAGCUUAUUGAAGCCGUCAACAACGGAGACUUCGAGGCCUAUGCGAAGAUCUGCGACCCCGGUCUUACCUCCUUUGAGCCUGAGGGGCUGGGAAAUCUAGUAGAGGGCAUGGACUUCCACAGAUUUUACUUUGACAAUCUCCUUUCCAAAAACAGCAAACCCAUCCACACCACCAUCCUCAACCCUCACGUGCACAUGAUCGGAGAGGACGCGGCAUGCAUCGCCUACAUUCGCCUGACGCAGUUUGUAGAUGGCCAGGGCCAUCCUCGCUCCAGCCAAUCAGAGGAGACUAGAGUAUGGCACCGCCGAGACAGCCGGUGGCAAAACGUGCACUUCCACUGCUCGGGAGCCCCUGCCGCACCGCUGCAGGGAUGAGCCAGCCGAAGGAGACGUGAAGCCAACAGAACCGAGCCAACGAUCAGAGAGAAGGCUUCCACUCUGAGAGAGACGUGCAGGUGGAUGGAAGGGUGUGGGAAGGAGUUUGAGGCUUUCCGGGAUGGGGGUCGUUCCCCGGGCACUCUGCGCACCCACCUAGCGCUUCUCUCUCCACGACAACAGCAGACCCAACCCGACCUACACCUACAGCAGGGGUCGCAAUAUCAGCCGUGAGCAGGAAGCGCUGCCUGCCUGCGCCACGACUUCAGCUGGCCUGCAUGCGGCCAAAACACCCAGACUGCACCUUUCCCCUCUCCUGCUCCCCAUCGAUGCUUUCUCCUUCUUCGCUAUUAUACAGUUAUGGAUCUUGAUGUUAUUAUGGCUGCAGUCUCUUGUUGUGCUCUUUCUACUGUACAGUAUAUUUAUUACCCAUUUUAACCCCUUUCUUUCUUCUUUUUUAUGACAAGCAUGACUACCUACCUGUACUCUUAAUAUU